AUGAUCUGUGGAUUCUGCCCUGGUUCUGGGACGACUAGUCAAAAGACUUUUAACCGGGUCGACGUCUUGAAAAGGCAUCUCACGGCUGUGCACGGAGUUGAACAGACACCGCCGAAUAGCCGGAGACGGUCGAUCGCCAAUACCAGCAAAAAGCUCUCAAGCUACUGCCCAGACGCGACGGGGAUAUGUUCGAUUUGUCGCAUACGAUUCGCCAAUGCUCAAGAGUUCUAUACCCACCUCGAUAAUUGCGUACUUCGCGUCGUGCAAGAGCAGCAAAGCGACGAUGACGGCACCCUCAGAGCUGGAAAGGAUGCAGUGGGACUCUCGGACACCGUGCAGUAUAACGCUGUCCAGAAAUAUCUCAGUUCGCACCGAGUAGAUGAGGGCGCGCGACCAAUUAGUUCUCCCGGUCGGCCGGCCAAGAAAGGGCUUACAUGGUCCACAGGCGGUGCACCGCUCAUCGAUAAAGGGCGGAAGAGAAGGAAGCACUACCCACCCUCUUGGGGACUCUCGGCGGAAAAGAUGUCAAUGAAAAAAAGAGUGCUGUGCGUCUACGAUGGCGACAGAAGGCUCUACAAGGACGACAUGUCAAUGCACAAAGAUAUAGAAGUGCGCCUAAAGCUGUUCGAGGAGGACGGCCUUCUUACGGAGCUCGACCUGGAGAUCCUGGGCAGGACAGAAGCCAUCGAAAUUGGCGCCACAGAAGACCACACCUGUCGGAAAGAGGACCGGCUGUAUGGAUGUCUCGGUCUCAUUUCGCCAGUUGCCACCAAGACUGAUAAUGAAUCGGAACUGAUGUACAGGCCUUUGCCAGCUGGUAUUCUUGAUUUGGAUUCUGGCAAUAUCAAUGACAAGGAUACCAAUCGAGACAUCCCAGAGAAGUCCAACAUCGGCACCGUCGGCACCGUCAACACACGCCCAGUAAAUGAUGGGGAAAGGCAGGAGCAUUUCCGGCAGAGGUGCUUGCAGCAAAGCCACGAAACUAUGUCGGCCGUUUGCGGGCCUUUUCUGGGGAAAGGUCGUCCUCUGAAUCCCCACUUAGCAUCAACGGCGCAAGACACCGAGAUUACCGGGCCACAGGAAAUAGCUGAUACUCUGUCUCCUGGGGCUGGUCAUCAUGGCGACCAUGAAAUCUCCCUUGAAUGUUUACCCAAUUCUGUUGAGCACGCAGCCAUCAAACUUACCGAGCACGAUGCUGGUGAGCAGAAGAACAUCAAGGCCAUUGUGGCAGAAGGUGUUCAGAGCUUUGCAUCCAACCUACGGUCCUCGUGUCCCGGAGAUCACAGUCCAGGGGGGUCUGAUUCGGCCUCGACGGUCCAGGCUGGCGUGAUGACUCCGAGUACGUCGGAUCGUGAUACCUGUCGCCAGUCAGGAGCCGAACCCGACGAAGCGUUCGAGUCUGAAGGGGAGCUCUCAUUCAUGGCCACACCUGGCCCAGGCGAUGUCCAGCUCGAAAGUGAGACACCGUCAAAUUCGCGCCGUUGGGCCAUACAGAGCACGGUCGCUGGCCAACUUGCACGCUCGUACAACACGUUACUGCUGCGCACGAGGGGCGGGCAAGGUCACAGUACCGGAUCGUCCGGAGCUUCUUGUACGGAAAGCAGCUCGGCUUCCAGCUCCAAGUCGUCGCAUACAAUGCCGUCCAGUCCCGUUUCGACCAGGAAACGUUCUCACACCAAUGAUGAGAAGGACGAGGACAACGACGGGCGACCGCGGAAACAAUGCAACCCUCGUCGUGAGUACGGUGCUGCUGACGACGGAAAACUACUGGCAUGUCCUUACUCCAAGUUCGACCCUGCGCGAUACUCGGAACUCAACACGACUGAGUUGCAAUACCGAGGAUGCUCAAGCUGUUUUCUGACAACAAUACCUCGACUGAAGCAACAUCUCUAUCGAGUCCACAGCAGACCACUGCACUACUGUUCUUGCUGCUUUCAGUCUUUCGACACGGCGGUGUCGCUCGACAAGCACGCAAGAGCCAGAUCCUGCACUGUGUCGCCCUCGCCCUUCGAAGAGAAGAUGACCACAGACCAAAUGUCGGAGAUUAAACGCCGGACGCCGCGCGAAGAGCGAACCAAAAGCUGGUUCACGAUCUUUCGGAUUCUCUUCCCUCAGUCUGACCUACCGCGAUCUCCGUUUGUCGGCGACUAUUCGGAGGAAUGUAUCCAUCAUUUCCUGGAGUAUUUUGAGCGGGAGGCUCCACGCGUGUUGGCAGCAACCAUUGACUCCGAGCUCGACAAUUCAAUCUUGCACCUGGGCUUGGAACAGCGGAGAUUGCUCGACGACAUCCUGGAAACUUCGCUGAGCCAUGUCGUGGUUACCAUGACGCACGCAGCUCGGGCGAGGCAGAGUCCCAGUCGGGUUCAAAGGUCGCAUGAUGCAUCGGUGUCCCGCACCCCUCAACUGUUUCCCGACAGUUUAUCGGGUGAUAUAACCAUGGAUGAUGAUAGCUCGAGCACGGAUAGUCCGCUCCGAGCCCGAAAUUUCACCACGCAAUUGACCCUCAACGAGUCCGACUCAUCCCCAGACGCAACCGGUACUCAAUCCUGGCUGAUGGUCAACCGUGCCACGGAGCAGCAAUCCAACAUUCAGCCACCGAAUGUGCCAAUGUCAGGUCCAUGCAUGACUGACCUGAUCGCCAAGUUACCCGAUCCCUCGGCAUUGCUGGAAUGCACCGACUCGACGGCCAUCGACCAUAGCCUCGCCGCCGAGGAAUGGCAACGCCUAUUACAUAGUGCAACACCCCUAGAACUCUGGCAAGACGGCGUUUUCGAAGUGGACGAAAAUGAUUCCGGCAUCGUACUAACGGGCUAUCAGCCGGCCAUGACAUGGUUUGGCUAG